UUUUUACAGGAACACCAUCUAUAACAAAUGGAACCCUACGACACCAACAUUGAUCUGUAGGAAGCGUAACGAUGGCGUGUGGUAGACUGUUGAAGUUCGCUCGUCAUUCUAAUCUUGCCAUACUUUCGCCUCUUUUUCAAGUGCGAAAAACAUGUUCGAGAGUGUCAGAACCCCUCAGGCGGCACUGCAGCAGUCAGUCAGACAGCGUUGGCCGUUACCCAGUGCCUUACAAGAAGGAGCUGCCUUAUGAUAUUGUCGAGCUAAUGGAGGAGGUGGAGAUGAAGGGUGGCUUUUUGCCCAACGUGUUCAAGGUGCUUUCCCACCGGCCGGCAGAGUUCCGUGCUUUCUUUGCUUAUUAUAACGCUCUAAUGAACAAGGAGACCGGGAAUUUGUCGAAGGCAGAUCGAGAACUGAUUGUUGUGGCGACCAGUGCACAUAACAAUUGCCUGUAUUGUGUCAUAUCCCAUAGUGCACUGCAUCGCAUCUACUCCAAGAAACCGAAUCUGGCUGACCAGGUGGCAGUGAAUUACCCAAGCGCAGAGCUGAGUGCACGUGAACGAGCCAUGCUGGAUUUUGCUCUGGCUGUUUGUCGAAGCGACACGAUUACAGAGGAACACUUUCGCUCGCUUGAGGCUCACGGCUUUGACCGAGAAGACGCCUGGGACAUCGGUGCCAUUGCCGCUUUCUUCGCCAUGUCAAACCGACUGGCCCACCUCACAGACAUGAGACCAAACACUGAGUUUUAUACCAUGGGUCGAAUGCCACGCAACAAGGGGGUAGCGCCAGAGGAGUCGGGUAAGGGGGCAUAGAAAGUUUAAAGUAUGUACGUGGCCCUCUUUAUCCUAAGACCAUGAAAUAAAGGAGGGAACUUUUAAAAAUAGAGGAAGAGAUAGAAUCCUUUGUAGAGAAUAUAGAGAAAAUCAUUUUUCUUAAGUUUUGCCUCCACAAAAAUCUCAGAGAAUCUUGUUCUUCUUCUCCAAUCAUUGUGCUUCCCAAAAAAAAAAAUAUUCACAAAUGUUUAAACACGGUCAAACCUUCCUGCUCUGUGGUUUGUGGUGCAGUGUGGCUGUUGAGGUCCUGUAUGGACUAUUAGUUCCAUUGGGAGAAUGAAGGAGUUAAUAGAGGACACUGUGCAGUGUGUCUCAGGCUCAGUGUGAUUUCUGUGAAGUCUCUGAAUAUGUGAAAUAAUGUUCUUCCAUUCAUCCUUCCACUGGAGCUUUCUUUCAUAAACUAACCCAAACGUCUGCUGAAUUAUAUCUGUUGUGUGUCAUACUGUGGAAAGAAUUAACCAUAAAUCUUCUUUUCAGGGACCUUAAGUCCUUGGCUUGAUUUUGCGUUUGGAAAAAUUCAGCAAUGAAUGUGUGCGUGUGUGUUAGAGACCAGGAGAGAAAGAGUGUGUUUUGUUCAUUUAAGCAAAUUCUCAUCAUGAUAAAGUGCCUUUUGCCCUGCAUAUUUCUCUACUCUGACACAGUUUUAAACAGACACAGUCACACACACAAAUUCAGGGCUGUGGAACUGGGCUGCUGAAUUUUGACAUCCAGCUUUGAAGUUACACACAUUAUUGUAUACAAAAUGAACAUUAAUGAUGCAUACACUUACAUUCAUCAUAAUUAUAUGCAAAUUGAUCAUAUAAAUAACAUAUCUCUGAUUGAACUAGACAAUCACUUCUCAGAAACUGUUUCUGAAUAGCAUCAUAUUGUUGUGUAGUGAUUUGUGUAGGUUAGCAACACAAAUGACAACUGUAGUGUUUGUAUAUGGCCACUAGAGGGAUACAUACCUAUAAGGAAAAUCCACAGUCCAAAAAAAUCCACACACAGCACCACUGAAAAUAUUUUAAGUGCUUUAAGGGUUUUAUGUUUCUGAAGUAAAAUAUUUAUUGAAAUAUAUUAUGAAAGUUACCAAUAGUUGUACAAAAAAAAUGAAUAUCCAUACAAGACCACCAUAACAUGUCUGAAAAAAAAAUCCUGAUCAGGGAAAUGUGGAGUUGCCACACGAUGUCCAAAAUUAUUGAGGUAAAAAAAAUGCUUUUUGAAACUUAAAUUGCUGAACAGCAUUGUACAUAUACUGCAUUGUAUCUAUGAAUAUGAAUAA